CAUACUUUGCAUAAAAACAUUUAAUUCACACAAUUCGAUUUUCUGGGAUUUCUGAGAUAGCGAAAGAAGUAUCGGUUUUCGGUGGUAAUGUUGAUGAUGUUAAUAUUUUUGAUCAACUUCAUGUGCUUUAAUUCCCACUCAAAUAGCCAAACAUUACUAAUAGUUAAUAUUUUGCAGAGUUCACCGCUUAACAGAUCUCUCAAUAUUUCCUCCAUUGGAGAAAUGACAUCCCUCCAUCAUGUGGCCAGGGAUGUAUUUCUUGAAAUGGAGAGAAAUGAUCCAGAGUUGACAGCGUUUUUAGUGGCUGAGAUGCACGACGACUGUAGCAAUAAAUCCCAUCAGCAACGAAUAGAGAAGUUGUUGAAAAGACAAAUCGAACAUUACCUUAAGGCAGGCGAACAAAGUCAGCAGAUCGACAUGGAGCCAUCGGAUGUAGCAGCGGAAGCGUCAAAGAUCAGAAGUGAGAUGCAACAGGCUCUUAGAGUGGAAGUGACAGCGCGCAUCUCAUUGUUCAUCGAGGGAAACAUCGAAGGGAGCAAAAUGUGUGCAGAGCCCUUGGAGAAUAGAGUGUCGGCAACAGAUUCUAAGAUGAAUGAAUUGUACCAUCUGAUCCUGCGAAGAACUACAUGCACUUUCAUCGAUCUCCAUUACUUGACAGUUAUGGAGGCAAAAACUGUUAUGACACUUUAUCUCCAGCUCAUUUCACCACUUCCCCUCGAUUGUCAUCCAAACGUUACUAUCGUGACUGGGCGUGGCUUACACAGCAAGGAUGGUAUUCCAAAACUUCAGCCUGCAAUUAAAAGCUUCUUAGGACAACAUCGAAUAAGGUAUGAAGAAUGUCUCGGAUCAUUUCGGAUUUAGCCAACGCAUCAGGUGAACUAGGACUUAAGAACUUCAGUGAACAGGAAGUGCUGUGAUUUGUGUACAUAUUUGCAGACUGUAAGUGUAUAUAGCUGGUCUGGUUUUUCCCUGUGAUCUCACGUACUUGCUGAGCAGUUCAAACGGGAAAGCAUAUGGAUUUGUUC